CAAGGUCAGGCACUGCAGCUGCCUGCAGCACGCAAUCGACUGACCUGCGAGCAAAUCCUCCUGUUUUUAGGAGAGAACAAGACGAACUGAGUUUGUCUCUCUGACAAUAAAACGAAUCGUCACAUUAUUUUACAUUUGUGACAAUCCCGCAGGACAUUUCACAAAGGCAGCCAAGAUGUUGCAGUGUUUUCACUUUAUGGUGGAGCCCAUCAAAAACGCCACAUACAAAAUAAAGACAUCGAAUACGAAAUCCAAGAAAAAAAAGACUGACUACGUGGAUGAUGAUCAGCUGUUUGUUGUGGAAAUGGCGAGAGACCUCAGUCGUGUGUGCCAGAGUUCUUCAGUACUGGAGCACAUCUGCAACCAGGACGAGAUUUGGCCAACCUCACUCUGCUGGGUCUUUAUUCUCGAAUGGGCUUCCAUGUUAGAGAGAAAGAAAAGGCCCAUGCAAACUGAUGGCUGGCCAGAAACCAAUGGUAAAAAAACAUGCGAUCUGGUCGACCAGCAGGACGUGCACAAGGCUAAGUUAAGCCUCCUCGAAUGGAUUAAAGAGCUGAGAGCACAGCCUGAGCAAAGCGUUUGGCCUGGGGAAACGGUGACAAAUGUUCUGGAGGACUUGAGGUCAGCUUGGCGUUGGGGCCGGGUGCCAAACCUUUUGAGUGCCAUGGAGCUGGUUUUGUGGACUUUGAUGCUCGAGAAUUCAGAUAAGGAUACCAUACCGCAGCAGUGGUUGAUGUGGAAACAGAAGACAAAGAUUGGUGCAAUAUCUUACAUUCCUCAACCAGUGUGGGACUGGAUCACAAAUGCUGCAGUGGAAGUGACUCUAAACCACGACACAGCCAAUCCUGAUCUUCUCAUCUCAGGAGAUGAUAAGAGGAUGCGCUGCGGCUUGGAGAGGAAAGAUAUUCCCAACUACCACCAGCGAUUUGAUGGCUGGUGGUGUGCUGUUGGAAUGGUCGGGUUUGAAUCGGGCCGCUAUUAUUGGGAGGUAGAGGUGGGUGAGCGAGACUGGCGGCUAGGCGUAGCCAAAGAGUCCGCUCUGAGGAAAGGAUUUAAGUCCCUCAACACUGAUACUGGUUACCUGACCCUACGUCUGGAAAGGGGCACUGAGCUUAAAGCACUCACAGUGCCCUUCACAGCCCUCCCACCAGGUCUCAUCCCUCGAAAAGUGGGUGUCUACCUUGACUACGAUGGCGGCCAGCUGUCCUUCUAUGAUGUGGACCGUCGUGUUCACAUAUACACAUACAACGAGAGCUUCGAUCAAAUGCUCUACCCACUGUUUGGUACAGUGGAGAUUGCUGAUGAUCUAGUGAUAAGGACCCCUGAAGCAAACACCCAAUGUCUCUGUGCCACAUCCUGCCUGUGGGGUUAAUUUCUUACCUUGCAAACUCUUCCUUCAUCGUAUUCAGUAGAUAUCAUAUUAAGGAAUAAAAAGGUUACAAGGUGAUGCAAUUAUACUAAUCACGGGUAGGAAAUAAAGAACUUGCUGUCAGAGCCCAUUGUUGUGCUUUCAAAUAGCUUCAAAGUUGACCACUCCCUAUGCUGCUGCUGCUACUUUGCUCUUUUCCGCAAUUAAUUAUAAAUUGCUCACAUAUGUGGUGUUUGGAAGGAGAACUGUAGACCCAUUGUCAUGUACUGUACUGUACUGUAAUAUUAAUCAAAAACUGAAUAAACCAAAUUAAUGUUGGUGGUAUUUACUGUCUUGUUUCAUGAUUAAAUGAAUGUCACAUUGAAUGUUUUAUAAUGGCAUGAUUUACAUUUCCUGAUGGGGGGAAAAACAGUUAAAAAAAAAAUACGAAUGAAACAACGUGGGAUGCUGUGAUUUUGUCGAAGCAUCCCCCCCUUCUAAAAAAAAAAUAGAA